AUGAAUUCCUUUCAAGCAGGUUGUGUGUUAUUCAUUGCAACGGCUUCGCUAUGUUUCGCUCAAAGGGCUCCUUUUAUUGCUGAAAUAUCGGAAGAUCAAGAGGUCGGUGUUGGUGGUGCAGUUGAGUUGACUUGCUCUGUAUCAUUUUUAGAGAAUUAUUCUGUGAUUUGGGUAAAAAUGAGUGAAGAUAAAAAUGAACAAAUGUUUCUUUCCGUUGGUAGUUCUUUAGUGAUAAAAGACGUUCGAUUUUCAUUCCUUGCCGAUCCUGAUUUUAAUACAUAUACAGUGUUUAUAAGAGACGUUCAGCCAAUAGAUGCUGGAACUUACCAGUGUCAAGUUAUUCUUUCAAUACAUAAUAAAAUUACAGCAGACACAAAUAUUUUUGUGAAUGAUCCUCCUGUGAUAAGUGAUAAUUCAAGUCAAUCAAUUGUCACAGUAGAAGGUGAAUCAGUAACAAUGGAAUGUUAUGCCACAGGAUUUCCUACGCCAAAAAUUGUUUGGAGAAGAGAAAACAGUGCUUUGCUACCAACUGGGAAUCUUCAUUUCAAAAUUUUGCAUGACUUGGCAAAUAAACAAUUUAAUGAUGAACCCGAGAAGCACCUCCGUGUGAAAGAUUUAAGUUUGUUUUUGAAAAUGACUUGCCUGCGUGCAGGUUGUAUUUUACUUAUAGCGACAGUUUCGCUAUGUAACGCACAACGGUUUCCUUCAAUUACAUAUAUUUCGGGUGAUCAAGAAGUUGAAGUUGGAAGAACUGCUGAGUUAGCAUGUUCAGUGACAUACGGAACUGAAUUUUCCGUGAUUUGGUCCAAAGUUAGUGAUAAUCGUGACGAUCAAGUUUUCUUGUCAACUGGAACAUCUCGAGUGAUUAAAGAUUCUCGCCUUGCUUUGCUUUAUGAUGGCGCCUCAGCCACUUACACAGUUCUUAUUAGAGAUGUGCAAGAAGGAGAUGCUGGAACUUACUUAUGUGAAAUUGUUCUCUCAGUUAAUAAUAAAAUAUCUCAAGCAACACAUCUUUACGUGAAAAAAGCUCCAAUCAUUACUCAUAAUUCCACUCAAUCCAUUGUUACAACCGAGGGAGAGUCAGUUAUCAUGGAAUGCUAUGCGACUGGUUUUCCUCAGCCGAAGAUAAUUUGGAGGCGAGAUAAUAAUGCCUUAUUGCCUUCUGGCGGAAAUAUUUACAAUGGUAAUGUCAUGAAGUUCAAUUCAAUCACAAAGGAAGAUCGAGGCACAUAUUAUUGUAUUGCUGAGAAUGGAGUUGGCCGUGGCGACCGACGCAAUAUAAAUUUGGAAAUUGAAUUUUCUCCAGUGAUCACCGUUCCACAACCAAAGUUAGGCCAAGCCCUUCGUUAUGAUAUAGAUCUGCAGUGCCAUGUUGAAGCGUAUCCACCACCACAAAUUAUAUGGGUGAAAGACGAAUUUCUUAUUUCUAAUAGCAGGAAAUAUAAAGUUUCCAACUUUGGAACAGCUGAUGAGUUUACGGAUUCUACUCUAAGAAUUGUAAAACUAGAUCAAAAGCAAUUCGGUGAUUACAAAUGCAAAGCUGUAAAUAAGCUUGGCAGUGAUGAAGCUGUAAUUCAUUUGUACGAAGCAAACAGUCCGGUUUGCCCACCAGCUUGUGGCCAGGAAUACAAUAAUGUUAGAAUUCCUUUUGACAUUUAUUUUUCAUCCUUUUUAAUUUCAAUUGCAAUAAUUUUACAAGUUUUAAGAUGAAAUGAGUUCAAAUUUAUUUAUGAACAGAAUCGUAUACGACUUAAAACGUCAUGCUUCGAAUUUAAUACGGUUGGGUAACUAAAACAAUGUUUAUGAUGUGCCUAUCCCAAUUUAUAUUUGUGACUCUUGAUUUUUUAUAAAUUGUAAUUUUUAAUAAAACUUAAAUAUUUGUUUACGUUCGAGAGUUGAUUGUUUAAAGUGAAAUUCGGGACUUUAUGCGUCAUUAAUUUUUAAUUGUUCUUUGAAGAAUAGAAAUAUGAAUUAAAGUUUCGUGGUUCUCUUCCUUUAAUUAUCCUACAAUUUACUAAUUUUCAAAUUCGUCAAUUGGCUUCAUUAUGUCAGGCCAUAGUUGAAGACUUGUUAUACAAUUCUAUGUAGA